AUGCAGGGACCCCGCGAGGCGCGGGACCUCACCUUCAGCCCGUGGGAUUACGGGGUGUUCGCGCUGAUGCUGCUCAUCUCCACGGCCAUCGGGCUCUUCCACGGGCUGGCCAAAGGCGGCCAGAAAACCUCGGAGGAUUUUUUCACGGGCGGCCGGAGGAUGUCGGCGCUGCCCGUGGGGCUCUCGCUGUCCGCCAGUUUCAUGUCGGCCGUCCAGGUUUUGGGGGUGCCGGCCGAGGCUUUCCGCUACGGGGCCAAAUUCCUCUGGAUGUGCGGGGCGCAGCUCAUCAACAGCGCGCUCACGGCGCAGCUCUUCCUGCCCGUCUUCUACCGCCUGGGGCUCACCAGCACCUACGAGUACCUGGAGCGGCGCUUCAGCCGGAGCGUGAGGCUGUGCGGGACCGUGCAGUACGUGCUGGCCACGAUGCUCUACACCGGGAUCGUCAUCUACGCGCCCGCCCUGAUCCUAAACCAAGUCACCGGGCUGGACAUUUGGGCGUCGCUGCUGUCCACGGGGGUCAUCUGCACCUUCUACACCGCCCUGGGCGGGAUGAAGGCUGUCAUCUGGACCGACGUGUUCCAGGUGUUCGUGAUGCUCUCGGGUUUUGCGGCCGUGGCCAUCCGCGGGGUGCUGCUGGUGGGGGGCCCCGCCGAGGUGCUGAGCAUCGCCGCCAACGGCUCCAGGGUCAACUUCGCCGAUUUCAGCCCGGACCCCCGGAGCCGCUACACGGUGUGGACGUUCCUGCUGGGCGGGAGCCUGCUCUGGCUCUCCAUGUACGGCGUGAACCAGGCCCAGGUGCAGCGCUACGUGGCCUGCAGGACCGAGAGGGAGGCCAAGAUGGCUCUGCUGGUCAAUCAAGCGGGGCUGUUCUGCAUCGUGGCCAGCGCGGUGGCCUGCGGGCUCGUCAUGUUCGCGAUCUAUCGCGACUGUGACCCGCUCCUGGCCGGAGCCAUCGCCGCCCCCGACCAGUACAUGCCCUACCUGGUGCUGGACAUCUUCGAGGGCACGCCGGGGGUGCCGGGGCUGUUCCUGGCCUGCGCCUACAGCGGGACCCUCAGCACGGCCUCCACCUCCAUCAACGCCAUGGCCGCCGUCACCGUCGAGGACCUGGUGAAGCCGCGGCUGCCGGCGCUGUCCCCACGGAGCCUGACGCUCAUCUCCAAGGGGCUCUCUCUCAUCUACGGCACCUCGUGCAUCACCGUGGCCGCUCUGUCCUCGCUGCUGGGAGGGGGGGUCCUGCAGGGCUCGUUCACGGUCAUGGGGGUGAUCAGCGGGCCCCUGCUGGGCGCCUUCGUCCUGGGGAUGUUCCUGCCCCGCUGCGGCACCGCCGGGGUGCUGGCGGGUCUGGCCCUGGGCCUGUCGCUGUCCCUGUGGGUGGCCGUUGGUGCCACCCUGUACCCGCCCAGCGCGGCCACCAUGGGGGUGCUGCCAACCUCGGGGGCGCUGUGUCCCCCCCGCAACGUCACCAGCGCCACCAGUGUCACCAGCGCCACCCACGGCACCGCCCUGGCCCCGGAGCCGCUGCGCCCGGCUGUCCUGGUUGAGCUGUACUCCGUGUCCUACCUGUACUACGGAGCCCUGGGGACCCUGGGCACGCUGGGGACAGGCGUCCUGCUCAGCCUCCUGCCAGGUGACACUCGCCCUGUCACCCUGUCACCCUGA